UAGACCAGUCGACAUCUUUGAAGGCGAUCACAUUCCCGUCCGUUAUGACAGUUUGCUGAGCUUCAAGCACAUCCUGCCGGGGCAUUUUUCUGACUACACUUGACGAGAGAAGGGACCAGCGGAGUAAAUCUGUAUCCGACCUGUUCUCAGUGAACCUUAUUUUUUGUCUUAUUCAAAGAUGAGCAGCCAGUACCAGCGCUCAGUACCACUGGAGGUGAGGAGAGCCGAGGGCGAGAGGGUCCGGGCCAAACAUCCCGACAAGAUACCGAUCAUCGUGGAGCGGGCCCAGAGGUCACGAGCUCCUGAACUGGACAAGAAGAAAUACUUGGUGCCCUCAGAUUUAACAGUGGGCCAGCUGUGCUUCCUGAUCCGCCAGCGAGUGUCUCUGCGGCCGGAGGAAGCGCUCUUCUUCUUCGUCAACAACUCGCUGCCCCCGUCCAGCUCGCCGCUCUCCGCCGUCUACGAGGAGCACCAUGAAGACGACCUGUUCCUCUACAUGACCUACAGCAACGAGAGCGUCUACGGCGCCUGAGGAGGAUCAAAAAGACUGGAGAGAGACGAGAGCGAGAGGGCGAGAGGAGGGACGGCUGACCGCAACGCUUCACACCACUUUACUCUCCACAACGUUGGUCCUGAUGGAAGAGAAGCUUCGCCCGAGGCUCAGCCGGCGGCGGUUCUUACCUUUGGCAGUAUUUCAUUAUGAUUUAGUCUAAACUGUGUUAAACUGGGUGGAAGUUAAAAGAAGGCUUUGUGACGGGAGCUCUCAGCAUCUUUCUCAGUCGUCUGUAUUUAAUGCAAAUAGUAUUUUUCUUUUUUUUUUUUUUGUAAAUUAUCGUAAACUUUUGUGGAAAAUAAAGAAAAUGCAAAAAA